UACCAGAACCAAACUCUCAGAUAAAGGGAGACACUUUGCCGGACCCUCCGGACUUCUAGGGUUUAUCUUCUUCUUCGUAUUCUGCCUUUGAAUCAACUGAGAUAAGUUCAGAUUUUGAGAAAAAUUCCAGUCUGCAUAGCUCUUCUAAGGUUGUCACCUCAAUUCUCCAAACAUUUGUGAGUAUAUCCAAUAUCCAUGGCGUCACUGCAGUUCUCUGGGCCCGGAGUGGCAGCUGUGAAGAGGGGCCUGCCUUCCUUUGAUGGGCUCCGCAUUUCACCCUCUACGUUUAGGGUCUCUUCCUCUGUGGGAGCUUGUGGGCUGGGGCUCGACCGGAGGUGCUUCCCGGGGCUAGUCGUCAAGGCCGCUACUGUUGUUGCUCCAAAGUACACUUCCAUCACACCUAUAGGUGAUAGAGUGCUAGUCAAGAUCAAGACUUCUGAGGAAAAGACCACUGGAGGUAUAUUGCUUCCAUCGUCUGCUCAAUCAAAACCACAAGGAGGUGAAGCUGUUGCAGUUGGAGAGGGAAGAACCAUUGGCAAGAAGAAAAUAGAAAUUGGUGUUCAGACCGGAACCCAAGUCAUAUAUUCCAAAUAUGCUGGGACAGAGUUGGAAUUCAAUGGAUCCAACCAUCUUAUUCUGAAGGAAGAUGACAUUGUGGGUGUUCUUGAUACAGAUGAUGUCAAAGAUCUCAAGCCCCUGAAUGAUCGUGUUCUGAUUAAGGUUGCAGAAGCUGAGGAGAAAACUGCUGGUGGCUUGCUUUUGACAGAGGCAACAAAGGAAAAGCCUUCAAUUGGGACAGUGAUUGCAGUAGGCCCUGGUCCAUUGGAUGAAGAAGGCAAUAGAAAGCCAUUGACCAUCACCCCAGGGAGCACCGUUCUGUACUCCAAGUAUGCUGGUAAUGAAUUUAAGAGUGCUGAUGGCUCUGAUUACAUUGUUUUGAGGGCAUCUGAUGUUAUGGCUGUUCUCUCAUGAGCUUGUCAUUAUCUAAUCAUAAGAGGCACAAGGUUUUGGGUGAGUCAAACAGUAAGAUCCUGUUGCAUUAUGUGUGAUGUGCUUCAUGUUAUUUUGUAGUCAGAUUUGCAAGCUGUUCAGUGUUAUUAAAAGAAACAUUUUGAGCAAAAUGGUUGCCAAUCGAAACUCCAUUAUUA